AUGCAGGACUUUCUGGCUUCCAGAGCUGCAGAGAUGAAUGACCAAAGGGUAAACUACACAGAACUGAAUCUGGUGAAGGACUCAGACAGACAACAAAUGAAACCAAAGGGCACCAAAGGCUCCAUUCCAGUAACUGAGCAGGAAAUAACCUAUGCAGAACUAAAUCUUCAAAAUGCUUCUCAAGAUCUUCAAGGGGAUGACAAGAAGGACCACCACAAAGCCUCCCCAUCACCUCCUGAGAAGCUCAUUGCUGGGAUCCUAGGGGUCAUCUGCCUUGUCCUGAUGUCCACUGUUGUAACAAUAGCUUUUAAUAAUACCUGUGAAACUCUCAUUUUAAAGUAUGCCUUUAAACUAACAGGGAAUCAGAAAGCAUCUCGUUGUGGUCGAUGUCCACCGGAGUGGUUAAUGUAUUCCAACAAUUGCUACUACAUCAGUACUGAACAAAAGACAUGGAAUGAGAGCCGGGUGGCCUGUGCUUCUAAGAACUCUGUCCUGCUCUAUGUAGAUGAUAAAGGAGAAAUGAACUUUUUGAACAUUUUCGGAAAAGCUCCAUGGAUUGUACUUUCACAGAAAAAUAAUAUUUCCUGGGUGUGGAAAAAUGCCUCAACAUUCCUUUUCAAAAAAUUUCCAAAAACUUCAGAGUUGGGCAAGAGUUGUGCAUAUGGAAAUUUUGACACAGAGAAGUUCUCUUUCGCAUCUUGUUUAGAAAACAGAUCGUAUGUUUGUAAGCACCAGGCACCUUAG